AUGCUUGAUCAGCUAGGCCAGGUGCUCGUCAUUAGCGGAGGAAGUGGGUACAAUGACUUGAUUGAAGUCACUCCUUCUGCUAUAUAUGUGAUACCAGGCUCCUCAUCUGUGCGCCUGGCUUUGCUGGCUGCCAAGCGCGGGGAAAACAAGAACGACCUGGGCUCCCCUGGCUCCCGCGAAGCCUUGCAGAAACUACUAGCAUACAGGCUUCCUAUGGGUGGUCCUAUCAAAGAAAUCAAGCAGGAAUGGAUGGAGAUUAUCGAAGGGAAACAUCGAUGCUAUGUGGUCCCAGCUAUUAAUACUAACAAGACUACCACUAUUGCUGCCAAGUUGACGGAUGGAAAAACGCUUGUGGGUCAGUGUGAAAUCUCGCACCCAUCGUUAGAUUCGAUCAUGACACCCACGAAGCCUGCCAAGCCACCGCAGCGCAGUCGCAGGUUCUCAACCGAGCUGCAGGACUCGGUACUGGGCCUGGGAGAGUCCCCACGACUUCACCAGCUGCUAUUGCGCUCUACUUCAAUGUCGCAAGGCUUCCAAACAGAGUCCAGUUUAAAUGACAUGGAUGGCUCAGACUUUAGUGAUGAAGUGGAUGAUCUUUUCGAGGACGAUGCUUUCGACAUUCCCGAUGUCUCUGAGGUUAUGGGAAAUUUAAUGUAUGGGUCCAAGGACCAGGCGAUCCCGCUAAGUGCGCCGAUUGAACCGACCGACUUUAUCAAGUGCGUCAAGGUCACUGACUACAGCAUCAUAAGCCGGUCAUUGAACUAUGUGCAUGCGCUAGAUACGCCUGGUGCGGAGCCAUUUAAUGUCAGGGACUAUAUCACGCAUGUGGUAUAUGUUCGCCAAGGUCGCAUCGACCCCUGUGUGGAAACCCUCGAAAACUUAGGUAUUCGAUGCAUCGGAGUGGAUGCCGAUGAAGCGGACCCACGCCUAGAUGAACAUUGA